AUGUGUAAAUAAUAAAUUUGGACGUGAUUGAUUUUGAUAUCAUAUUAAAGAAAUUGAUCUCGUACCUAAUUAUCAAGGAGGCUCAAUAAGAUUUGUGGCCUAAAGCCAACUUUAACGGGAGGCCUUAUUUUUUCUGCUCCAUUUUUUUAAAAGAAAAAUUAACCUAUAAAUCUAUUAUAGGUAAACUUUAGGCCUCAUUUUCCAUUAACUAAAGGUCUUAGGUUUGAGCCUCAGAACAAAAAAAAAAAAAAAAAAUUGUUAGGGAAUGCUUCCCUUUUUAAUCAGCCUUAUGUGUCUCGAAAUUGAUUUAAUCAAAAAAUUCAAUUCGAGUACCGAACAUCAGAUGAAAAAAGGGGGCCCCAAAAUUUUGGGGGCGUAAAGCCCCCAAUUUAGUGGCUUGGCCCUCUGGCCCUUUCUAAUUAUAAAAGUUAGUUCAAGAAAUAAGGAUUAUCUAAACUAUAUAAAGAGACCUUCCAUCCCUUAAAAGAAAUCCGUCUCUUAAACCCGGAGGCAAGGUUGGUUUGGCUUCUACUAAAAUGCAAGAGUCAUGCCUUUCUAUGUUACUGAAAACGUGCUCGCAUGCACACACAAAUGACUUUUUCUGUCUUCUUGGUUUUGUGAAAAAAUAUCCUCUUUUUUUUUCUUUUUUUUUUCUUUUAGUUUGAAAAGAAGGCUUCAAAUGAAUGUCAGCAUCCAUACUUCUUGUCCUCUUUACCAAAUAAACCUAAGCACCCUCGUCAUCUUUCUAUCGUAUUGCACUAAUGCCCUUUUCCUCCCUCCUCAUGUUGAUGUUUGUCAUACAAAUUCAAAUUUUCAUUAAGACAUACUUCAAGAACCCCACCUCGUACGAGCACAUGAAAAAUGGAAUAUGUCGAAUCAAUUGGCAAUAUUCAAGCCACUACGUCAAUGGAUAGACCUGUUAAGAAACUCAAAUUAAGCCCAUCAUCACAACAAAAAAACCUUAUAAGAGCACCAUUUUUCAAUCUAUCGUAUGAUCCAAAACAGUCGAACAGAUUCAGUGGAGACGGGGUGGGACCUGUAGCUCGGAGGAUUACAACAUGUAGCUACGAACCACGGUUUUGUUAUACUCCUCAUAAUUCAAGAUUUCGUUUUCCUUUUGCUCUUGAUGAUCCCCCAUCAACAAGUGAUUGUCACCUUUAUUGGCAAUCACUUGAUCAGAAUCAAACUAUGAUUUCUUUUGCACCUCAGAAUUGCUAUGAUCUUGACUAUGAGCCGCACCAUCACGCAAAGAUUCGGUGUCAAAGCACUUACAAUGGUACGUUAACAACAUCAUCAACGACAAUGAUGAAUGGUUAUGGCACUGUCUCCUCCCCUUCCCCUAAACGGUACAGGGGAGUGAGACAACGCCACUGGGGGAAAUGGGUAGCGGAGAUUCGUCUUCCGCGUAAAAGAACUAGACUCUGGUUAGGCACUUUUGACACCGCUGAGGAAGCUGCUUUUGCUUAUGAUGUCAAGGCCUUUAGUCUCAGAGGAACAGAUGCACGACUUAAUUUCCCGCAUCUGUUCCUCGGGGAUGUACACCCGUCUAGUAAUUACAUAGACGAGACCUCGUCACCAGCUUCAAGUACUACGUCAUUCUUGAAAAGUCAUCGUUCUCAAAUCCAACACAAGAAACGGCACAUCAGUCCCGUGGGACAGAGUACCUCUGUUUUAGACAAGGAAAUAAGGAUGUUUGAUGGGAGCGAUAUACAUGAAUCAACGUCCAAAUAUACUACUAAUAUACUACAAGAAAAUAGUGAUUAUUAUCAGGCUUAUACUGAUGUAAUCCAAUCAAAAGAAGGCCUAUUUGAUAGUAUAUCAGAUAAAAGGUGGGAUAGCAUGGCUGAUCUGUGGAAUUACAGCAUUUGCUCUGAUGAUAAUUUGCAGCAACAGCAGUGUGACUUCACCAUUAAUGAUCCAGGCUUCGGGGACGAUCUUUUAAGUACCACCAGCAACCUACUGCAACAGGAUAAUUCAACUUUUCCAGGGACGGAUACAGGGCUGAGUUCUGGGGUUGAAGUGAACCUAUUGUUUUCAACUCAGAACUCUGUAUACAUAUUAUAGGAUGAGGCGAAUCUAAGAUUUAAAUUUUAUAGAUUUCAGCCUUUAAAAGUCUUAGUGCUAAACUAACUGUAUUUUUAAAUUAUGGGUUUAGAGUCUCAUUUUUAUUUCUUUUUAUUUUUUGACUUUUACAUAUAUACCAUUGUUUUGUGAAUUGGGGUCGAUUGAAUCCACAGGUGAACUAUUAAAAUCACACUCAUUUUAAAUUAACUUAUUCUAUAUUUUAGAUUCGGCUAUGA